GUGAUUGGUGGGGGUUGGUGGUGUUGGUAAGGGUGAGUGAGUGAGUGCGUGUGUGGUUGGAAGUACUGAAGUAUUAUUUCCCCUCUCUAGCGUGUAUAAAGAUACUGAGAGGGGCAUCUAUCAGACAUCAGAGAUCAGAGUCUGCAGAGUCUGAGAAGAUGAGAACUGAACUACUGUGUUUGAUUGCGGCGCUGCUGCUGACAGCCAUCCUGUGCCAAGCAGAGACUGGACCAGUUGGCAAAUGUAAAUGCCUCAGGACUUCAAACACUGUUCUUCAAGUCCAAAGAGUAAAGAGUUACUAUGUGCAGAAAUCAGGCCUCUGCCAUGUUGAUGCUGUUGUAUUCACAACUGUGAGAGGAAUCGCUGUUUGCUCAGACCCCAAGAAGCCCUGGGUGAAGAAAGCCAUGACAGUAGUGGAUGCAAGAACAAAAGCUUCUUUACCACCGUCUUCACCAGCAGUUCCUACCAAGACUGCUGCUUCUAGACCCACACGGAUUACAACAGACCUGAAGGAGCUUUUGGUGAGCAAAACCAUGACUUCAGUGGAUUCAAGAAGGCCAACAGCUUCAUUAUUAUCAGCAAUUCUGACAAAGACUACUGCUUCUACACCCAAAUGGAGUACAGAAACAACAGGUGACUUGGUUCUCACUUCACAAGAAAAAAUCAUCUGUUGAAUCAGAAUGACACUCAUGUUCAUACCUUUCCAUUUUCUGUUUUUCUUUAAAAACAAAACAAACCAUAUGAAUGUUCCACUAGAAAUAUAAUCUUUUUGCAUUUACUUGUGUGAAAUGUGGGAAGCUUUUUCCCCUUCUCUAAAGCUGCCAUUUUGGAGAUACAAGAUAAGAGAGUUUUUGGAUGAGACACCAAUGCGUGUUCUUGAAUGGUUAGUCUUUAAAGCCAAUUUUCAAAAGCUUUCUUUUGUAUGUACUGUAUAUUUUUCCUUUAUUGGAAAAUUAGGAAUUUGCUUUUAUAUUAAAAUGUUUAAGAUUUCUGUUGCGAGAGAGCGACAAUAUUCUCCUUCUGUUCUUGAAUAGUCAAAAUUUGAAGUUAUAGCUUAUUUGUCAGAUAUAUUUUUCAUUCUUUUCAUAUCUUAAAAAAACACAAAUAAACAAAAAGUAAAUAGAAUAUACGAAACACAAUGAACAAAGAAUACAUAGCAAAUAUGUAAAAAAAAAAAUCACACAUAACAAAUAUAUAUGAAACACAAUUAAUAUAUAACCUAUAUAUAAUAGCUAAAAACAAAGAUAUUAAAAAGAUGUAAUUUGGUCUGUCCUUAUCGUUCAUGCAGUCUGUGAUUGUUAUACAUUAAAGCUGAUCUGAUCACUUUUUUGUUUUUUUUGUGUGACGAUGUGCUUUUACACUGGCAACCUUCUUUUAGUGAAGGAUUCAAAGCCCACAGAAACAAAGGACUGUCACAUUUCUGUCUGUAUAAGUGUAUAAUUUAUUUACGCCACUCUGACUAUAUAAUUGUACGGUGUCUACUCUGCUAUAUCUUCCUCACUGUAUUAGUGAAUGGUCAGUUCUCAACCUUCAUCUGACCACUGCUUGUGCUCUGGUAGUCUGAACUAUCUGAGUUUAGAAGUUACCCAGUAGCUGACUGUAUUAGGUAUUGUGAAGUUAUGAAUGUAUCAGAUACUAUAUAUAUAUAUAUAAUACUAUUUUUUAUGCUUUUCUUUUAAUAAAUGUGUACUAUACUGAA